UUUUCAGUGAAUCUCCUGAUGUUGUUUUGAGUCUGAUUGUAGUUUCUGCUCUGCUCUGUGUUACAGUGAUACAGGGUCAGAAUGGCUGGAGAGUGACUUACACUUCUACUGCGAUCUGUGCAUUAAAAGGAUCAACAGUGGACAUGAGCUGCACAUACACAUACCCACCGAGAGUAUAUGGCUAUGAUGUUACAGUUCAAGAAACUUUCUGGUUUAAGAGAACAAAUGUGGAUCUAACAACAGACUCAGAGUAUUCAGGUCGUGUGCAGAAUAUCUGUGAUAACAACAAGUGCACUCUGAGAAUCACAGACCUGAGAGAGAGCGACUCAGCUGAGUACAAGUUCAGAUUCAUAACAAACCUUUCAUCAGGGAAACAUACUGGUUCACCUGGAGUCACUUUGUCUGUCGCAGCUCUACAGGUGCAGGUGAAGACAAUACAACAGUAUUAUGCUAAUGCAGAGCUGAAGUGUCACAGCAGCUGCAGUCCAGCUGGUCGUCUUUCCUACGUCUGGUUCAAGAAUGGACAGAAAGUCAGAGAGGAGACAUCUUCUUAUAAAGGCUGGUUUCAUCCCAGAGACGUCAUCUCUUGUGCUUUGAAAGGACAUGAGAAUUACAGCUCUCCUUCAGUGUGUGAGUUUACUCCUCUGU